UGGCACCUUCUUCCUGCCUCAUGUUCUUCUUCUUAUCUGUUUCAUCCUUCCUCCUCCUGACCGCCCCGCCGGUCCGGUCCCAAGCUCCCUCGCCCUCCUCCGGCGGCCCCCUCAACCUGACGGCCAUCCUGGUCAAGGCCGGGCAGUACUCCUCCUUCGUCCGCCUCCUCCAGCAGACCCGCAUCGACGUGCAGCUCAACAGCCAGCUCAACAACAGCUACAACGGCAUCACGGUCUUCGCCCCCACCGACAACGCCUUCGCCGGCCUCGGCACCCUCAACAACCUCUCCCAGCAGGAGCAGAUCGAUCUGGUCCUCUACCACGUCCUCCCCCGCUACUACAGCUUCGCCACCUUCCAGAGCGCCAGCAACCCCCUCCCCACUCAGGCCUCCGACCGGACCGGAGUCUUCACCCUCAACAUCACCACCACCGCCGUCAAUGCCAACCAGGCCAACAUCUCCACCGGCGUCGUCAACACCACCUUCAGCAACGUGCUCUACGCCGACUUCCCUCUCGCCGCCUACUCCGUCGACAAGGUGCUGCUGCCUUACGCAAUCUUCGGCCCCAAGCCACCCGCCUCAGCUCCCGCGCCGUCAGCCAGGAGUAAUCAUGCUACCACGAACUCCUCCGACGCCGGGAUAGCUCCGCCACCGGGGAGCAGAAGCAGCAGCAAUAACGACGCCGGAGGCGGCUCAUCGUCGGCGGCCACCAGAAGGGCUAGAGAAGUGGGAUAUUGGAGCUUGAUUGCAGUCGUUGGCUUUCUAGGCAUGGCGGCCGGUAACAUAUUGUGAUGAUCGAUUUACGUUAAGUUGUUCUGCAUGGCAUUGUGAGCACUGUGUGUGUGUUUGUUUUUUAAUCUUUUCAUUGGGUGUCAAGCAUUUUCUGAUUCGAGUUCAGUUGACUUUUUGCUGAGUGGA